UCGCAGAUUCGGUGGUCCAAAUGUGGGACGAGGCGGCCGGCAGGUGCGCGCUCCCGUCACCGAGGUGCUGUCUGGGAGUCGAAUUGGACGGGACUGCAGCCCGCCGCGCUUUAUGAGGAGGAGAGUGACUGUCCCGAAUCUCUCAUCAUGGUUGCCCACGAAAAAGUGGCCCACCUCCACCGAGACAACUCCCGCCCGAUAGGUGGCUGCGGUCAUGUCACCUGCCUUGUAGAGAUGUAUUGAUGCACAAGGAGACCACUUUCAGUAUUUUCUGUAAAUGUUAUCUACUGUAUAGCAAAAAGAAAUAGAAGCCAAGCUGCAAAAUGACAGCUACAGUACCUCCAGAAGACAAAUACAAAGCUGUCUGGCUCAUUUUCUUUAUUCUUGGAUUAGGAACACUGCUGCCAUGGAAUUUCUUCAUGACGGCCACCAUGUAUUUCACCGAACGUCUGGCAACUCCUCAGGUUGAGGGGUUAGCUAAUACCACUGCUAAUGGCACCAGUCUCAACUACCUGCAAUCAAAAUUCAGCAAUGUUAUGACACUCUGUGCCAUGGUGCCACUUCUUGUCUUUACCUGCCUCAACUCCUUUCUCCAUCAAAAGAUUCCACAGAAAAUUCGUAUUAUGGGCAGCCUGUUUGUCAUUCUGCUGGUGUUUGUUCUUACAGCGGCGUUUGUCAAGAUUCCCAUUCCUGCAGUUGAAUUCUUCACUUUAACCAUGAUCAAAAUUGUUUGUAUAAAUUCUUUCGGAGCAGUCCUCCAAGGCAGUCUGUUUGGGCUGGCGGGUCUGCUACCUGCGUCUUACACCACUCCUAUAAUGAGUGGACAGGGUUUGGCCGGAACCUUUGCUGCCUUCUCCAUGAUCUGCGCCAUUGCAAGUGGAUCUGAAUUACAGGACAGCGCCUUUGGAUAUUUCAUCACAGCGUGCGUGGUGAUCAUUAUUGCCAUUUUUUCUUAUGUCGCCCUUCCCAAAAUGGAAUUUUGUCAGUAUUAUGCAAAUAAAGACAACAGUCCCUCAGGUGCCAAUAGUGAUAUGGACAACAGGCUGGAUCUACUAAAGAAAGACAAUACCAAUGGGAUUGAGAAAAACAUACCAGAAGAACACAACACACCAACUGUUUCAGUAUUUGCAAUUUUUAAAAAGAUCUGGGUAAUGGCCCUUUCAGUGUGUUUUGUGUUCACAGUUACUAUUGGGGUUUUUCCUGCAGUCACAGUGGAUGUCAAGUCCAGCAGUGAAGAAAAUAGCACUUGGAGUAAAUAUUUCAUCCCAGUUUCUUGCUUCCUGUUGUUCAACUUGUGUGACUGGGCUGGAAGAAGCCUCACUGCUUUCGUCUUGUGGCCAGGAAAGGACAGCCUGCUGUUGCCCAUCAUGGUCAUUGGAAGGGUGGUCUUUAUUCCCUUGUUUAUGUUGUGCAAUGUGUUGCCAAGAAGUCAUCUACCUGUUUUCUUCUUACAUGACGCCUGGUAUAUUAUCUUCAUGAUCCUCUUUGCCUCAACCAAUGGAUAUCUGGCCAGCCUCUGCAUGUGCUAUGGACCAAAGAAAGUGUCAUCGCAUGAGGGGGAAACUGCUGGUGCAAUCAUGGCCUUCUUCUUAUCUCUAGGGUUGGCACUGGGAGCUGCAACAUCUUUCCUCUUCCGUGCAGUAGUAUAACUGGAAUUUCUUCAAGUCUGAAGAGAACAGGACAUUUCGUGUUUCUACUCAUCAUCACCAAACGAGGCCCUUAAAUUAUAGUUUGAUGGAUUGACACAAUUUUUUUUUUUUUUUUUUAAUAUCACUUUCGAUUAGGGCACAGUGGCAGACACUACUGCCUUAACACUCCUAGCACCUGGGUUAGAAAACUGUCUCCGUGACUAAAUGUAUGGAGUUUGCAUGUUCUCCCUGUACUCACAUAGGGUUCCUCCCUCCUCUCAAAGCUGUGCAGGUUAGGUUAACUGACAAUCUGAAAUUAGCCCUGAGUGACUGUGGGUGUAAGCACAAGUGAGCCCUACAGUGGACUCAUACUCAGUAUAGCACCGGUUCCCAUAAUGCACCCAGUCCAGCUGAGACAGGCUAUGUCAGCUCUCGAAUUUGUGUUGGAACGAGUGAAGGAAUAGAUUAUGUUAGUGUGGCACACUGUGCUUAGCACUGCUACCUUACAGCUUAAGGAGUCAGGUUUAAACCCAGGCCUGUUUAUUAUCUGUAUGUUGUCUGUUGCUUCCCCAGGUCCCCCCACAUCCUAUAGACAUGUUGGUUCUGUUAAUUGGUAAACCUAAAUUAUCCCAGUGUGUGUGUGUGUGUGUGUGUGUGUGUCCAGUUGACAGACUGAUAGCUCAUCCGGGGCUUGUUCUUGCCUUGUGCCUAGUCAGAAUAGGCCUUGACCAGUUGCAAUCCCAUAUUGGAAAAAUAGUGUUUGAAAACAUGCCUGUUAGCCACUCUCUUUCUGAAGAACUGUAGAGCACAUGGAAGUGCAGUCAAUUUCUAAAUGGAAAAAAGAGUCACAUCUUACAGGAAACUGAAGUACCUGAGGUCAGGGUGUCUUCUACUCAUUCAUAUGCAUUUCCUGAUUGUCUUCUUGAAACAUAAUCUAAGAGUUUUCAAGCUGGAAUUACUUCUCUUCUCAUUUAUAACCACAAAAACUAUUAGAAAUCUCCUUGUCUUGUUCAUAUAGAAAAAAUAUGAAUUGUGUUUAGGAUGUGUUAAAGCUCUGUUGUGAACCAUGUCUUAUUGACAGUUCCUUCCCGACACCUUUUCUACUUUAUCGUUUGUUCCAGCUAUUUGGCUACAUCUUCAUAUUCAUAACCACAAAGCAAGCAAUCGGUGAAUGGGUGUCCCACAGGCCGGCGGGUAUCACUGCACGGCGCAGACGGAAGGUCUUCAUUAUAGCAGGUCACUUUACCGUCCUCUUGUUUACAACUGUUAUUUGAAAGUUAGAUAGCCAACUACUGUUGUAAAUUCUGUGUGCUCUUCACUGGUUAACAGUCCAUUUAGAAUGAAAUUCAGCACUCAGGCUCUGAGAAAUUCUGUCCUAGAGAUGGAGAGGUUCCAAAAAGGAAGAGCAAAAGGAGCAACUGGUGUUAUUUGAUAGAUUUCUUUUUAUAAAGCUUACUUUAUGUGAGCCAAUGUGCAGCUUAGUAUGUACAUACUUAGAAAGGUCUGUGCCAUUUAUGUACCUUUAGUGUAUUAUAUUUUUCUCAAACUGUUUGUAUACUUUAAAAGAAGGACAAAAUUUACAGAUUGAAAUUGUGAGAAUAUUAUAGUAGCAAUUCUUUUGGGUAAGUGUGAGGAAAGUAGAAUGUAUUACAGUAUUAAGAGGUUUAUAAUUCAAUGUAUAGCGAUUGUGUUAGUUGGUAACAAAGUAUUUAGUCAAUAGGGAAAACUUACCCUUUUUCUGAAAGAAUGCCAGCCAAUAAAUAAAAUUAGUUUGAAAAACCAUUAUAGGAAUUCAUAAUAUUUAGCAAUGUGCCUGUAUUCUUUGAGAAGGAACUUGUAGGCUUACAGCUUUUUAUAUUUGAAUGUAAAAUAUAAGUGCUGUACUAUAAAUAAGAAUAACAAUUUUAUUUUUGAAAGCA